AUGGCAACCGAAGCUUCCUCACUGGUCAAAGUGCCGCGUAUCGCGAUCGCAUUCUGUACACAAUGUAAAUGGAACUUGAGGGCUGCUUACGUGAGUGUCGAUACCCUGGCCGUGACUCCUUUGACCGCCACUGACAAUCCUUCCCUACAGUAUGCUCAGGAAUUACUUCAGACAUUCAGCACCAGCAUUGGCGAGAUUGCUCUGAUUCCGUCGACGGGGGGAUUGUUCACCGUCACGCUCACAACAACAAACGUCGUCAACAACACUUCCAGUGACGGAACUGCUACUUCAACAGGAUCAACGGAGCAAGGGAUCCAAACCACUGAUACGGUGAUAUGGGACCGCAAGAGCGAAGGCGGCUUUCCAGAGACCAAAGAGCUGAAGAACCGAGUUCGAAAUAUUCUCGACCCGGGCAGAGAUCUCGGGCAUAUCGACCGGAGCUUGAGAAAGGGGAGCUCCCAACAAGCCCAGGUAGAGACUGGCAAGUCUGAGCCCAAGCCAGAUGACAAUGUCGACCCGACCCAGCAAGAAACGAAGAAAGAAUGUGAGGAUUGCAAGUAA